AUGACUGUAAACAAAGAUAUCGAUCAACGCUUUGACAAAGUGUGCCAAACUACCCCUGUGAUUGACUGUCACAAUGAUUUCCCAUACCUCUGCAGGUCCCAUCUACACUAUGAACUACAUUCACCUGGAACCAAGUUCGACUUCAAUACUGUACUCAAUUCUCAAACAGAUUUGGUUAAGAUGCGUGAGGGUCGUAUGGGUGUUCAAUUCUUUAGCUGUUGGAUCGAAUGUAAGGACCCUGACUAUCUUUACGAUGACUUCAAUAAGCCAACUACAGUUGUGAGAGAUACCUUGGAACAAAUUGACUUCAUCAAGAGACUCUGCUUGGAGUAUCCUGAGCACCUCACAUUUGUUAGAACCGCCGAUGAUGCCUACAAAAAGUUUUUGGAAGGUAAAGGUCAAAAGAUUUCCAUCACUUUGGGCGUGGAAGGUCUUCAUCAAGUGGAUCUCUCGCUUGCUGUGGUCAGACAGUACUACGAGUUAGGUGUCAGGUAUAUCACUUUGACUCACAAUUGUGACAAUCCUUUUGCCACUGCUGCCUCGUCCAUUGCUGCAGGUAAGGCCGACAAGGGAUUGACCUCGUAUGGUGUUCAGUGCAUUGAAGAGAUGAACAGACUUGGUAUGAUCGUUGAUUUAAGUCACGUGUCUCAUAAGACAAUGAUAGAUGUUCUCAGAGUCACCCAUGCCCCUGUUUUAUUCUCUCAUAGUUCAGUCUAUGCUCUUACCCAUCAUGAGAGAAAUGUGAGAGACGACGUUUUGGAGAAGGUGAAGCAGAAUAAUGGUGUUGUCUCCAUCAACUUCUUCCCCAUCUUUAUUAGACAGCAUGGAAACCAAGAUGCCACCAUUGAAGAUGCCGUUGACCAUAUUAAAUACAUCGUAAACAAGAUCGGGUGGGAUCAUGUAGGUUUAGGCUCCGACUUUGACGGUAUUCCUCACGGUCCUAAAGGUUUGGAAAAUACAUCAAAGUAUCCUGAUCUCAUCAAGAAAGUUUGGGAAGUUACCGGUGCUUCAGAUGAGGAAAUUGCCAAAUUGAUGGGUAUGAACGUUCUCCGUGUCUGGAAAGAUUGUGAAAGAGUUUCUGCUCAGCUGGAAAAGCUGGAAACUCCUUUGGUUGAAGCCAAUUGGGAUAAAAGAGAUUGGGUAUUCCCAGGUUACGCUGCUACCGAAUUCCCUGAGAUCUUCCCAGGUUCAUCCAAAUUGCAUAAAAAUAUUUACAGAUUUUCAGAUAAGCUUGACAAUAAUCCUGAUGUCGAGGAGUAG